GAACUUUCACAAUUAUGAGCCAUGAGGUUAAUUCAGAUAAAAGGUCCUUUUCAUAGGAUCUCUUCACGAAGCUACAGCUCCGCAACUUCUAAACCGGCUAUAAUACAAAUUAAAAAUGGCACGUUCUACCGUCAUCAUCCGUCCUCCCUGGCUGCGAAAGAAGCCAAUCCAGCACUGUUCAAGGAUUUAAAUUUUGAAUUACCGUCAUUCCCAGAAGAUCCUCACUACUGGGCCAUAUUGGGGCCAUCAUCUUCUGGAAAAACUGCAUUUCUACAGAUUUUGAGAGGGCUAUAUUUGUCCUUUCCACCUACCGCUCGGUCAUAUCCGUAUCUUAACUCCGAGGAGAUAAAUCAGAAGAACCAUGAAUUACGCAUACCCAGUAGAGCAAUAGAGUAUGUCGGCUUUGGUGGCGAGCAGGGAGUUUUGUCGGGGCAAGGAACCAGAGGGGCAUACCUGAGCGCGAGAUAUGAGGCUCACCGGGAGGCCACGGACUGGACCGUCCUGAAUUACCUCCAGGGCAGGACAGAGCUGAAUCCUUCAGAAGAAGAAAAAAGCAAGUCCAUUAACGAGGCAUCUUUGAAAAGGGUCAUUGAGGAUUUGAGACUCGGAGACCUUAUUGAUAUGCCAGUGUCGAAUCUGUCUAAUGGGCAAACCAGGAGAGCAAAGAUUGCGAGGGCAUUGCUUGGAAAACCAGAAGUUCUGUUGCUGGAUGAGCCGCUCAUGGGGUUGGAUCCACCAACGCUGAUGACUUUGAGCCCAUUGCUACAUGGACUUGCGAAGGCCAACGACCCCAGGUUGAUUCUUUCGUUGAGACCUCAAGAUCCAAUUCCGGACUGGAUUACGCAUCUUAUGUAUCUACGCCCGGAAUGUGAAGUAGCUUUCAAAGGACCAAAAGAAGAGGUCUUGAGCGAGCUGAGAGCAAACAGCGGUAGCGCCGUCAAUAUCCCAGUUCAGUCCCUCCAUGAAAUUGGUCGGACACUCACCGAUCGGGGGAUUGUGGAGCCAGACACCUCAGAGGCAACGGGAACCUCUUCAUCUACUCGAGGGGAUGACAUGGAAGAAUCGAAGGAAGCGGAAACAGGAGAGAUUCUGGUUGACAUGGACGGUGUUCGCGUAGCAUACGGCCCGAAGGUUGUCCUCGGUAACUGGACACAAGACGUGGAUGGCAAGCCCCAGAAAGGUCUCCAUUGGAAAGUCAGGCGCGGCCAGCGAUGGGGUAUCAUCGGUGCAAAUGGGAGUGGAAAAACCACUAUCCUUUCUCUGAUAUGCUCCGAUCACCCUCAGACAUACUCGCAGCCCGUGAAGCUGUUUGGGCGGUCACGUCUCCCUGAGCCUGGUAGACCUGGAAUAUCCAUCUUUGACAUUCAGGCACGGAUCGGCCACUCUUCGCCCGAAAUACAUCACCAUAUCCCACGUACUCUGACACUCAAGCAAACGCUAGAGAACGCUUGGUCGGAGACAUUCCUGGGAAUUCCGAAGUUGGAUAAGAGCGAUGUUGCGGCUGUCGAAGCCUGCCUCAAAUGGUUCGAGCAUGAGCUGCGGCCAGGUGCUGCUGCUAGUGAUGCCUCACAGCCAGUUCAUGAUUCAACCGCAUGGGCCAGUGAAUGCCUCUUCAACCAGCUACCGUUCUCGUCUCAGCGUGUUGCAUUAUUUCUACGAGCCAUAAUCAAGAAGCCAGAUCUUGUUAUUUUGGACGAAUCCUUUGGUGCUAUGGAUGAAGUCGUGAGAGAUAAGUGCAUGCUUUUCCUUGCUCAUGGAGAGACCAAGACGUUCCAGUGGAAGGAUGGCUCGCGUGAGGUUGUUGAAUCCGACGCAUCAUGCGCAGGUAACGUUGCUAUUCGAGGAUUAGGUCCUGAACAAGCUCUCCUGUGCAUUAGCCAUGUUCGAGAGGAGAUUCCUGGCUGUGUACGAGAAUGGGUCUGCUUGCCAGAAUCUACCUCUGGGACGCCGCCAAGGUUUGGAAGAUUAGAUGGGCCGUUAGAUGGUGAUAGUAGACGGUGGAAUCAGAUAUGGGGUAUAUAGUAUAUAGACUAUAAUGAACAUAGAUGUAACAAAGAUAAAUGUACAAGUAGCGGACGUCUAUGGUAAUCAAUAAAGAGAG